UCCUGGUGGCUGGGAUAGCGGAUUGUGAACUGGCCUGGUGUAGCUUUAUUUCCUACUUGAAAACAUGGAGUUUAUUUGGAAUUUGACAUAGCCAGAUCGGAUGCUCUAUGUAUCUUUUAAUUCUUUUGGAUCAUAAUGUGGAAGAAGGAAAACCUGCGGAAGAAUUUUCUGCGUGUAAAGCAGAUAGCGGAUCAGAAUUUAGGAAGGGUUACUUUUCGAGGAGUCAGCCUUGGCAACAAAGUUGAGAAGUCAGAGGUUUUAUCCGAGGAAUUCCAGAGUGUGGAGAAGAGAGUUGAAAAUGUCAAGACUGUCUCGUCCACCAUCAGCAAAAAGCUGUCUGCCACCCUCAAAGCCCAGCAAGGAGAUGUGGAGAAGAGACUGAAAAAGUUACCAGAAACGUCCUUGGGGUACAGUUUGAUAGAGGCAGCUGGUAUUCUGGGUACAGAGACUCUUCUGGGCCUGGUGUGUCAAAUCUGUGGUGAGUGCCAGAGCAAGCUAGCCCGGGAACAACUUCAGUAUGAGAUCAACGUGGAGAAGGAGGUGCUCACACCCCUACUGUGUGUACAGGAGGCGGACAUCCCUGCCAUCAAUAAGGUGCGAAAACAGCUGACAAAGUCCACGCUGGAUAUGGACUCCGCCAAAAACAGGCUGAAUGCUGCUGUGCGGCAGUCUCACGUUCCAGGGACAAACAUCUCCUCAGCAGCAGCGAAGGCAGACACAAUUAAGGAUGAGUACGAAGAUGCCACGAACAAAGUGGAGCAGGUUAAGGAUGGCCUUGCUAUUGAGUUGUCCAACUUUGUUGCCAAGGAAACCGAGCACAGUACAAGACUACUAGAACUUUUACAAUCACAAGCAGAGUAUCAUAAAAAGGCUCUGGAAUUCAUUGAAGAAGUCAUCCCAAAAAUGAAAACAUCAAUAGAAAACUACCCCAACAAGCCAGUGUAUGGAACGUCUCUGGUGGAGCACCUGCGUGUGACGGGGAGAGACAUUGCUCUGGUGUUCGAGGCCUGUAUUGUCACACUACUGGAGACAGGCAUGGAAGAGGAGGGUUUAUUUAGAAUAGCAGGUGCUGCAAUUAAACUUAAAAAAUUAAAGGCUGUGUUUGAUGCACAUCUCAUUGACAUGGAGGAAUUUGUUACAGAACCACACGUCAUAGCAGGAGCAUUGAAGCAGUACAUGAGAGAACUUCCAGAACCACUUCUCACCUACUCUCUGUAUCAAGACUUCAUGCAGGCAGCAACAUUGCCACAUGAACAAAGAUUACAAGCUCUCUGGACUGUGGUGUCAAAACUGCCAAAACCAAAUUAUGACAACUUCAGGUAUUUGGUGAAAUUUCUGGCCAAGUUGGCAGAGAGGAGUGACGUGAACAAGAUGACUCCAAGUAACAUUGCAAUUGUGAUAGGCCCCAACCUUUUGUGGUCGCAAGGGGAGAGUGCCCCCAACAUGCUGACAACAGGGACGCUGAGUUCUAUAAUAGAGGCGUUUGUGAUGCAUUCAGACUACUUCUUCCCUGGAGAUCUUGACUUUCAUUUGACCAGUCGCGGGAGCCAGCCAUCACAUAUGAAACUGCAAAGUGGAAUUGACGUAGGUGCUUACCCAAAACUGAACGUUGUAGCACCAGCUAGUGUUUCUCAGAGUGAGGCCAUGACCUCCACCGCUGUGGCCAACCAUUCGGAAGGCAAGACACUUCUCCAGCUGACUGAAACAUGUGCCACAAUGUCACAGGACAAGUCAGAGAGUGCCCAUCAUAGUGUGGAGGGUGAUGGCGCCAAUGUGGCUGCCAGGCUUAGCCAAGGUGACAGGACUCUUGCAUCUAAAGGUCGCAUUAACAGCUCGUCUACACUCACCACUACUAACCCCCUUCUAGACUCUAACCAGUCUGAUGUACUGUACAACGCACGUUCGAGCUCUGUUCCACCUACGCCUGUGACUAAGAGCUUUCAUUCAGAUGUAUACAGCACCGUGUUUGCACUCCAGUCUCUUGGCGACGGAGCAUGGAAUGAUUAUCUUACUAAAGUGCGUGCAAUGUGGGAUGGGCAGUAUACACAGCAUCCAGCAGCCCCUCGACCGACUGACCUUGCAGGAGCCAGCAGUGGGGUCGCAGGAGGUCAACCAAGCCACAGAGGUCAAGAACUAGACUUUACCAAUACGGGAGGUCUUCCUCUACAAGCGACAAGCCCCCAGCAACGAUUUGGCAAUGCAGUAGCUCCCUCUGCUGGUCCUCCUUCCCCAGGUUGUCAAGGGGAGACAACCCAGCUACUCCCAUCACCUACUACAGUUCCUCAGGGGCCAUCUCUGUUAGGGGGAAGUUCCCCCCCAGGCGGGGCUAACGGAAGCAACACGAGUUCUACCAGUAGUCUGACUGCCACCUCUGCAGAGAGCCCGGAACUCGGAACCAGCCCCAAGGUUCAACGUCGAGUCAGCCGGAAGCCAGCCCCGCCCCCUCCAUAUGCCGUGGCCGUGACCGCCACAUACAACAAUCGCAACAGUCAGUCACAGACACAGUCACAAACAUGGCCUAGAAAUGCCCCCUUGGCUUCACCCGAGUCACCCUCAGAGUCAGACAAAGAAGACAAUGAAAGAGUCCGACCCUGUCCCCCAGAGAAACCCCCACCCCUCAUCAGCUCCACCCCCACCCUGAACGUCCAACUGGACCACCCCCAGACCGGCCAGCAGGACCCCCUCCAGAGAGACCCAAAGCUCCACCUCCAGUUGUCCCCCCUGGCCAUCAGAGGUCAGCAUCGACUGGCGCCAUGUUUACAGUAGUUGGUAUGCCAGGCGCAGCCAAUGGACAAGGGACAGAAGAAACACCCCAGGACCAGUGUUGACUGGUAGGCAUGCAAGGUUGUGUCAGUAUACAGAUCUAUAAUCACAUCUAUGUAUACAUAUGUAUCAUACACUAGCAUUGUAAAUAGCUUGUGUAUACUGCUAAGCAGGGCUUACUGUACACUUUUAGAACUGAUAUUGUAAAUAUUUCUGCACUAGCAAUGUACAGAUGGCUUUUUACAUCAUAGCUUUACAUACAACAGCACAUCUACAGCUAACAUCACAACGUAGUGUAUUAUGUAUAUAUUAUAGUAUAUAUUGUAUUCUGCAUCUGUACCUCUUUCUGUAAUGUAACAGUCUCCCGGACAUUUACACACAUGCACAUAUACCUUUACUAAGCAGGGCCCAGUUUCACAAAUGAUCUUAGCACUAUGUCUGAGCUCCUAUACUUUACAUAGACUUACAACAGUUAACAGUGCUAAGAUCAUUUAAUGAAACAGAGCCAAGUAUGAUUCCCUAAAGACAGAUGCCAUGUUUAGGUCAAGAAAUGGUAAAAUGUUGUUUACAAGCUAAUGGAGCAACAGUGUUGUUAUUACAUUCUGCUGUUAGCCUUGUGAUGUUGAUCUGGUGAAUAAUGGCUCUUUGUCCAUAUGUUCUGGUGGUCAUAGGACCAGUUAACUAAGGGAAUAUUCUUCACUGCGACACUAUAUAACUAUGUUAGUCGCACCAUUUGUGCAGGCGUCCUUCCAGCUUUGUACCAUGUAGAUGUUACAUAUAUUAUAUAGUUGCAAUAUCUAGUCUGUGCAUCAAUUCAGCAAUUCACAAGCUCAAAGGUUGACCAAAGUUACGAAAACCUACGCAAUGGUAAAAUACACAUGCAGCUCAUGUAUGGUUGCUGAUCCAACCAUUUCACAAUUAGCUUUCAUGGAUGACUUGAAACGGAAAAUAAAACUGGUAUGUGGGAUGUGCUGUAUUGGUCAUGAAUGGAAGUAAUCAGUUUAAACAUCUGUGGUAUAUAUAAGUGAUGAAGAACUGUAGUGUACUGUUUUGUUUUUUAACCUCGAAAAGUAUGUUUAGGAACAAUAUGAGCACUUGGUAUAGGUAUCAGUCUUUGACUGCAGAACACUUCAUUUAAAAUGGCAUAUACAUGAUUUUAAUGAUUAAUAUAGUAUAUAUUAUGAUGAAUAUUGUCAAAAGAAACCCACCAAUUUCAGUGGAAGCAAAUAGAUAAUUAAUCAGUGGUUACUCUCUCCUAAAAUGACAAAUAUUGGUGUACAUGUAUCUAAACACUAAAAUGGUUAAGGUUCUGAAGUAAUAUAAGAUUUUAUGCUUCCACUAACUCAAAAUGAGGUUGUCUCUCCCUUGAAAUUACUUGUGUAGUAACAGACAGAAGUUGAUAAAAUGGGGGGACACAAUCCCUGUAACGUUCAUUAGCAAAAUAUCCCAAAAGGAUUUCCAUUCUUAAAGUGGAAAUUUAGUUUAUGGACUGGUAUUAGAAAAUAAUGUUCAACUCAUGUUUUCGCAAGAAGGGCAGGUGAUGGAGGAGACAGAUUUUUAAGAACAGGAUCUGUUUCAAAUAAGUAUGUUAUUUCAGUUGACAUAAGAAAGAUUCCAUGACAAGACAAGAACAAGUAAAUUCAAGGGAGACAAUCUUGUUACUUCUGGGACUAUUUUUGUAUGAGAACAUUAUGUGACUAAGAACACUGGAUGUGUAACGGCUUAUAUAUCACUUACCUCAAUGUGUGAAACUUUUGAUUCCAAAUACAGAACACAUUGACUUAUUGUCAGUAGUUUCCAAUAUCUUAAAGUUAUUUAUGAGCUGCUGUUUGCUCACUGAAUUUCAGUUCCUGCUUGUGUGUAUGAGUGAGUUACUGUCACACAAUGUUCUCAAUAUAUGCAUGGCAGCAUGAGAUGGACUUUCUCAGAUAUCUCCUUCAUAAUUUAUCUCACUGAACUUGGUUUUAUUUGCCUUAUUCUGUGUUACUCUUGUUUCCGAGAGCGAUGUUGUGUGAGGCCUGUGUGUUAACAAGCUUCUGUCACUGUGUAAUACGUACCAUGUAAUAAUGUGUUUUAUGUUCUCUUGUACAUUUGUCUGUUGUGGUCUGUCUGGUUGUGACUUGUCUAGUGCAUCUAUUUUGAUACUAAUGAAAAAGAUUGUUCAUUGAUUUUUUACCUAGAAAAACAUUGCAAUGGUACAUUUUCUGAUUCAAGAGUCCAUUCAUGUAUUUUUAAAACUUGAAGUAUUUUCUGGACAAAUAAGUGUACACUUAUUGAAAAUGACAACAACAUAUCAAUAGUAUUUUGCACCAGUUUAUUUUGCAUAUGUAGGAUUUGUUGCAUGUAUAUUAGUGGGAGUAGACUUCUGCAUGACAGCAGCUGGUGCAAGGUAUACGCUACUAUAAGCAGCCCGUAAACAGCAGGGCCAUUGUCAUGUCAAUGCAUGUCGACUUAAGCCAUCUAGUCAUGACAAUAGACAGAGCAAACAUGCCACAGAAUGACAGACUUAUUUGGAGACAAUGUGGUGAAGAAAACAAAUUGAAAUUUGAAGACUUUUGAAAAUGUUUGCUCUUCUGUUAGUAGUUCAUCACAGACAUUAGAUCCUGCCUGACAGGCCUCAAUUUUCAAAAAGUGAAUUUUAUUAUAUUUCUCAAUGCAAAGAGUUAUUACAUAGCAAGAAAAUUAUAAAUUGCAAGAAUAUAUUUUUGGUCAGCAGAGAGACAUGUGGGUGUCCAGGGUCUAAUUCCUCAUGAGAGACCACUGUGACUUCUGAUUUUGUACCUUCAUCCCAGGGUGAAGCUUAGAAUGCAUACGCUUGAGAAAAAAACCCACAUGGGAUCAGAAUUAAGCUUUCCUGUUUAAUCACAUUAAUAGUAAGCCUUUUUGAUCGGCAGGUAAAUUUGAUCCAAAAUACUCAUUUUAGUCAGAAAAAAAAAUCAAAGUAAAAGGAAGCCAUUUUCAUGAACAGAUGAUCAGAUAUUGUUCAUUGAUGUUCUCUAACACUGCAGAAGGUAGCCCGUUAUGACUUAUUUGUCAGCAAGUUAAUAUUUGUAAAAGGCUAGUGUCUGUGAUGAUACAAUCACUCACAUACUCAUGUUGUUACCAUUCCAUCAAGAGCAUCUCAAGUCAACAUGUUGACCAGUGCAUAUUUUAUCAUCAUUUCAAAUCAUUUAGAUGGAUGGGGGUUCAUUGUUUAGUCCUUCUGUCAUUUUAUUAUAAACGGAUUUGGUUUUAUGAUAAACAUCACCACUCAUCAGUAUGACUUGAGAGACUCCAGCCUUCUAGUACUGUCCCCCAUAACCGAUGGUAAUCCUGCUCGUUAUGUUGUCAUUUCAGGCAAGAGAAAUCAUGACCGAGGCACUUUAGUGUAACAGUCCCUAGGGUUUGUAUCUCAACUGACAGGGGGAAACAGUGGGCAUAGGACAAUGUGCUCUUUGUUUACCUCUUCAAACACAAAGAAUUCAAUCUUUUCUUGACACUAUGCCAUGUUUUAACUAUGUCUGUGACUGUAGUUUGUGAAUUUUGAAACAAAUUUGGAACAACCUGUAGGGAGGAUAUCCAAAUAAUUUUUGUUCUCAGUGCUAAAGUAACAUAUGACGAGGAUGUGUGCCAAAAUAUCUCUUCAUAUACCAUAUUUACUGAAGUUUGUCAUUACACAAUUGAUUUUAACUAUGAAAAGUUCACAUGCCAGUAGAUUCAUAACAUUUUUUUAUGUUCUAUUUUCCUGUGUUUUUAUGAUUUCAACAUUCAUCACAUGACACCGCUUGUUUUACCACCAUUCAUUACCAUUUCUGUGUCAUAAUCUUAGUCCGAAGUAAACUAAAGGACAUACAAAGUGUGAUAACGGCCAAUCUUAGCAAACAAGAAUUGUUGAACAACUUCCCCAAAAUGUGACAAGUUACAUAUUUGAUGCUGAUUUUAUUAAUUUAGAACAAGGAUCAUAUCUGUGGUAAGCUUUAUCAAAGAAGAAACUGUGAUGUCAACUUAUUUUGUUUGUUUAGAAAAGAAAGUCAGCCUCAGAUGCAUCAGUGGUUAGGUUCGCAUCAUUAACAUCUUGAUUUACACCUACAACCAAAAUAUGAAAUAAAGUGGGUGUCAUUUGUUCAGAUAAGAAGAUUCAAGUUUAGUGUGGUCCACAGACAAACGGUGUUACACUUUCUCCCAAUUUUGUACAAACUAGUCAAUCUGUCGCAUGUGAAUAGCCAUGUGUAUAUUUCCCAUAUCACCAUACUACGAAACUACAUUGUGCAAUUGUAUGUGAAGCUAUUGGCUCAAGUUAUUGAAGACCAGCUGGGUUGUUGUAGUGACCUGGUUCCCUCCUUCAGGAGUUCAAGUUUUUACAUCCCCCAACUAAAACCACUGAACCAACAAACUUAAACUUUGCAUGGAUGUUCUUACUAAUUGUGUCUAAAGAUUGCUCAAUUACUCUGUAUUUCAUUAUUGCUUACACACUUGUAACACACAGCAUACAGAAGCUGCAUUUUGGACCAUUACUCUGCCGUGAUUGCAUGGAUUAUCCUACCAAUUAUCUCACUAAGAAUUUAUUCAGUUAUCUGCUUGAAAAUAUUGGUUAUCGUUAUUCAACAUUUCAAAAUAUUAUUUCAUAGGUAAAAGGGUUUUCUUCAAUUUGGACAUGCAUCAUCAUGAUUCCCAGAUCUUCUAAAACAAAAGUUUGGCUUUUGUUAGAGUGUAAAGAACUCUCUUUGACUUUGACUACAUUUGCCACACGCAUUUGAUAAACGUAGUAAAUCUCCUGUGGCAUAAAGUAGUCUCCAAAACUGAUGAGACUCGAUUUCAUCAAGACUCGUGAAACACUUUUAUCUCAAUAUGAAAGAAAUAGAUGCAUUUAAUUUAUAUAUGUUUGUAAGUUGCACUGAAAAUUACAGUUUCUGAAAAUUGGAUAAGCCGAGUAUAAGAUGUUGAAAAUGGAAUAUUUGGGAAGAAAUGCAUGUUUGAAUGUGGAAACAAGGUCUAUUAACUGAUAUUUUGUGGUCAAGGAAACCAGGGGGAUACACUAAGUAUAGGAGGAUUGUUAUGUGGCCAUUAUGUUGAAUACUUUGAUAGCUUUGAACAUUUUCUAGAUGUAUUUAAUGCGUGACAUAACAAUAGUUCUCUGUGUGUGAAAAUAUAUUUGACAGAAGAUGGAGGGGCGUGAAACAUAUCACCUUGUCUCAGUCCAGUCCUAUUAACCCUGUCAUUGCAGAAAUGGAAUGCAUACAUAUUGAUCCAUGAAACUGUAUAAAACAAUAACAUUUUUCAGCUAUUUUAACUCAGCGCAAAAUUUCACCUUCUUGUUACAUUUUGCUAGAUGUGUUGAGAUGUUGCUGUAGAGAUCUCAGAGCACUGCAUUCGAGUGUUGUUGAUGUUCUUGCUGCGAGACUGUGAGAGCUGUUGCUUGUACACAUUUUGUAUGUAUAUAUGAAUGUAUGUGAUGAGACUGGUCACUUUCAUCUGGACCUUUUACCCAAGAUUUUACCCAAGUUCAUGCUCGAGUAGGGAAUUGCAACUGUACAGGUUAACACACAAUAGUGGUCUUGACGAAACAUUCACAGGAUUGUAAUUAGCCAUCUCCUUCAUGUGUGCAGUAUCACUGAUCACAUAACAUCUCAUACUUUGUGAGGGGCCACCCAAGGUCCAGAUGAAAUGUUGGUCCACUGUUGGUCCAUGACCACCUGCUAUCUAGCCUGAGCUGGCAUCUCAACACUGUACGGUGUCAAUAAAGUCUUCACAGUAUCUGUAAAAGAUGCAUUGAACAUAAAAACACUCUGUUUAUGUCAUGUGAGAGAUGUAUCCCAACUUAAUGACAGUGUAAGAGUGAUUCAGGUUAAGACCGGGUUAUAAGUCCUCAAAGCGUUCACAGCAUUGCGAUAUUCCCAAGCGUAUGAUACAUUUACAAUAGCUUGUAAUGCUAUGAAUGCUUUAUGGAUCAAGACCCUGGAGUGGAAGUGCGGAUAUUUGACUGUUGAGAUGCCAACAGGAACUCUACUGUGUAAUAGCCCCUGCAUAUUAUCAGUGAUCAUAAUGUGUGAUGUGUACGGAUGUACCAUAUAGUACCUCCCCUCCAGCUGAGAACAGCUUGUGUACUUAUUCUAUGUGACACAGUGUCUGAUGUAUAAUUCAUUCAUCAUAGGACAGCUUGUACAGAUCUUUGCUUAAUAUAAAAAAUACAUUUAUUAAAAUCAUCAUGCUCUCA